AUGAGGAAAUUCACACAAGAUGCUGGUUUAUAUGAGAAACAAUUUCUAUUGUCAGCUGAACGAGGUGAUCUUGAAAGUGUUCGGAAGUUACUAGAAAUUUAUAAAUCCACCAGAGCAUUUAAUAUUAAUUGUUUAGAUCCGCUAAGAAGAUCAGCACUUCAUAUAGCUAUCGAAAAUGGCAAUAUUGAAUUGAUCGAAUUGCUAUUAGAUUAUAAUAUUAAUACUGGCGAUACUAUCCUACAUGCUAUCAUAAAUGAAAAUAUUGAAGCAGUUGAAAUACUCUUGGAGCAUUUAGAAAAAAUUGGAAAAUUCACGCCUGAAACUCAAGGUGUUGAAAUUACUGCACAUUCAGUAUUUACAUCUGAUAUGACACCAAUUAUUCUUGCUGCACAUAAGAAUAAUUAUGAAUGUAUAAAAUUACUACUCGAUAAGAAAGCUACCAUACUUCAUCCACAUGAUAUACGAUGUUUAUGCAAAGAAUGUGUGCAAGCUAAAGCAGAAGAUUCAUUAUGUUUCUCACGAUCACGUAUUAACACGUAUCAAGCGUUAACAAGUCCAUCACUUAUUUGCUUAUCAUCAAAAGAUCCAAUAUUGUAUGCAUUUGAGCUUAGCUAUGAGCUUCGACGAUUAUCAAAUGUUGAAAAUGAAUUUCGAAAUGAGUAUCAAGAACUAAGUCGAAAAUGUCAAUCAUUUAGUGUAAAUAUGUUAGAACAAGUACGUGGAUCUAAGGAAUUAGAAAUUGUCCUCAAUCAUACGACAAAUGCAUGGGAAGAAGUAACCGAAAGAAAGAGUGCUAAUUUUUAUCAGAAUUUAGCAAGGCUAAAGCUUGCUAUUAAACUUAGACAAAAAAUUUUCGUUGCACAUCCAAAUUGUCAACAAUUAUUAUCAGCAAUAUUUUAUGAUGGACUUCCCGGUUUUCGUGAUCGUCGAAUUAUCACAAAAAUGUUAAUCAUUUUGGGUGUAUCAAUAGCUUCGCCAUUAUUAGCUAUAAUUUAUCUUAUUGCGCCCAAAUCAUCGUUUGGUGAAUUUGCCCGACGACCGUUUAUCAAAUUUUUAUGCCAUUCAGCUUCAUAUUGUUUUUUUCUUUUUUUACUUAUUCUUGCUAAUCAACGAAUCAAUUAUGAUUUAAUUUUUGGUACAAAAUCAGUAUCAACCAUCCAUAAAAAUGAUUAUGAUGAUGAUAUAGAUCGUAAAGAAGUACGUGGACCACCACCAACACUCGUUGAAUUAGCUAUUCUAACAUGGGUUUUUGGUUUGGUAUGGGUUGAAAUUAAGCAAUUAUGGAAUGAAGGCCUUUGUGAUUAUUGUUCAGAUUUGUGGAAUAUUCUUGACUUCAUAACUAAUGCAUUGUAUUUAUGUACCGUUGCACUUCGAAUUGUUGCUUAUUUGCAGGUUGAAGCUGAAAUUCGCAAUCCACAAAUGCGACAUUUGGGACGUCGCAUUUUACGACGCGAUUGGGAUGAAUGGGAACCAACGCUUAUCUCAGAAUGCGCUUUUGCAACGGCUAACAUUUUCUCAUCUUUAAAAAUGAUUCAUAUCUUUACUGUUAAUCCACAUCUUGGGCCACUUAGGAUAUCACUUGGUCGUAUGGUUUUGGACAUUGUCAAAUUUCUUCUCAUUUAUUUUCUUGUUUUAUUUUCGUUUGCAUGUGGCUUAAAUCAAUUGUUGUGGUACUAUGCAGCAAUGCGUCAGCAGGAAUGUGAAAAGUAUCAAUCAAUGAUUAAUAGCUCAACGCAGAAUAUUCCAAUAAAAGAACUAAUUCGAAUGGAGGAAUCAUGUGAUCCAAAAUAUCGCUCUUGCGAAAGCUUAUACAAUUCGAUGGAAACCUUGUUCUGGUCAUCAUUUGGAAUAAUCAUUCUGGAACAGUUGGAUAUCGUCGAGUCACACGGACCUACCAAGUGGACAGGUCGAACUAUCCUUGGCUGUUAUUGUUGUUGUUCAGUGAUUGUUCUCCUCAAUAUGCUUAUCGCUAUGAUGAGCAAUUCAUAUCAGGAUAUCUUUAAUCAAGCAGAUGUUGAAUGGAAAUUUGCUCGAAGUAAACUUUGGAUUGAAUAUUUUGAUGAUACAGCAACACUUCCACCACCAUUCAAUAUGAUUCCAAGUCCAAAAAGUUUAUUUUAUUGUGUUCAGUGGUGUUUAGAAAGUAUUUAUCAAUCGAAUCGAACUAUUGGUUUUAAUUUUCGUAGUACACGGAAUCAAAAAAUUCUCAAAACAAUCAAUAAACGAGAAAACAAUUAUCGAUUUGUAAUGCGAAAUUUGGUAAAACGAUACAUUUCUCAUUUGCAACGUAGUAAACAACAAACUGAAGGUAUUACUGAAGAUGAUAUAGCAGAAAUUAAACAGGAUAUUAGUGCUUUUCGAUAUGAGCUACUUGGUAUACUUCGAAAUGCUGGUUUCGAUACUGGUCAUGCUGAUCUCAGACAAGAAACAAUUUCUCGAAGUAAGAAACGGAGUUUAAUGGCGGAACGUCGAUUACUAAGCGGUGUAACGGAAUCGAUGAGUAUUCCGAUGCCGGAACGGUUACUAAAUGGUACCAGCGAUGAUGAUGAAACAGAUGAACCAUACGAGGUUGAUCGAAAAGAACGCAGAGGUUUACCCGUUCCGAUGCCAGCAGUGAAAUUUGCAAGCAGACUUAAGAAGGUAUUACCAUAUGCAAAAACGAGAGAUGCUGUAAUUAAGCCACGUUUUGUGAGGAAUGCACCAACUUCAUGGCCGUUUAUUUCGCGUGGUUUGGAAAGAAAUCUUAACGCUUUGAUUGAUGUUUACUCUCUACCUGCUGAUAUGAAGCCAUCAAAAGUGGCACGAUCAACGGUUAAUUCUCAUGCUAUUCAAAGCACGGGUGAAGAUGAUGACGAUCUGGAGCUAGUUGUUGAUAGUGAUGAGGGUGAUAGCGUUGAUAAUGAUAGAAAAGAUGAUGUCAUGAGUCAGAGCAGUGAUAAAGUGAAUCAAAGACUGGGUGGCAUUUCGAAGAAAAAACAUCAUUAUAAUACACAGAGUAUUUCUUUGGAAAUGGAUUAUCAAGAAGAUCCACCAUUUAAGUUAUAA